AUGGGUUCCCGUGUCCAGCAGGCUCAGCGCCUUCAGCGACUCACACUCGCACCCACAGCCAGAGCCCUGGCUCGCAAUGUCCAUCAGAGCUCCGCCCACAAAACUGCCAUUCAAGGGCCAUCUCACACAGUAACCCCCACACAGCUGCUGUCCACAAAGACCUACCGUCAGGGAUCCGCACCAAUAUCUGUCCUCGCUCGCCUUCCCAUCUCUUCGGUCGCCCGCUCCUACCUGAUCACUGCCAUGUCUUCUUCGCCACAGCUUCUUGGGCUGACAUUCACUAUACUGCGAAAGAUGCUCGACUCGAAGAACUAUCUCAUGAACGUUGAGCGUAACCCUGUCAUCAGAACGCUAUUGAGGAGCACUUUCUACGCUCAGUUCUGCGCCGGAGACAAGACCUACGAAGUGAAGCCCAACCUUGCCGCAGCACGGUCAGUGCUCGGUUACGACGGCGUCAUCAUCGAAUACGCGCUGGAGGUUCUUGGAGGAAGCGAGCCCACCGCUGCCGAUACAGCUGCCGAAAUUGAAGUCUGGCGCAAGGGCAUGCUGAAGAGUGUUGAGAUGGCUAGCGAGGGCGAUUUUGUUGGUCUCAAAUGGUCUGGUCUCGGUCGUCACGCACUUCACCUCCUCCAGAACCAGCAGGAUGCCACACCUGAGAUGUGGUCCGCCAUCAUCGAAGCCUGUGACGCUGCGGCCGCAAAGGGUGUCUGCCUGCUCCCCGGCGCUGAAGAGGAAACCACCAACAUCGGCCUCGAGAAGUGGACCAUUGCCCUGCAAAAGAUGUACAACACCAAGGAGUACGGCCGCGCGCUCAUCUACACAACAUACCAAUGCUACCUCCGCGACAUUCCCAGCCGCAUUGCCCAGCACCUCGAAAAGGCCGCCAAGGAGGACUACAUCGCCGGUGUCAAGCUCGUUCGUGGCGCGUACCUCAACUCGGAGGCACCAGGAACCUGCUUCGACACCAAAGAGGGCACAGACGCUUGCUACGACGCCUGCGCCGCAACCGUCCUGCGGCGGCAAUGGAACUCGUCCAUCGCGCCCUCGACGUCAUCCGUCCCCUUCCCCGCCGUCAACAUCGUGCUCGCAACGCACAACCUAGCCACCAUCCAGGCCGCGAAAGCGAUCCGCGCGAGCCAGAUGCUCGUCACCAAGCCCGAGAAUCUGCCGCGUCUGACCUACGCGCAGCUGCAGGGCAUGGCGGACGAGAUCAGCCAGAGCCUCGUGCAGGAUCCUACCAUGAAGGCAGACACCGAGGCCAAGGUCGUCAAGCUGCUCGCCUGGGGCACCAUGACCGAGUGCCUGAACUACCUCAUCCGCCGUGCGGCCGAGAACAAGGAGUCUGCGAUGCGCACCGAUGACACCCGCAAGGCCAUGGGCGCCGAGCUGUGGAGGAGGAUGAAGUGUGUUUUCGGCCUCGCCUAG